UGUAAAUCGUUCAAAAUGAGUUUAAAAGUUGAUGCAAAUAUUAGUUUUAUGUUCAAGGAAUGGCCAAAUUUUAUUGACAGAUACAAAGCGGCGUCUGAAGCAGGUUUUAAAGCUGUAGAAUCCGGAGAUGAAGUCUAUCAGUAUGCAGUUGAUGAAAUUAAAAAAGCAAAAUCUGAAGCUAAUGUACAACAAAUUGUAAUGGUUGGAUAUGGAGGUACACAAAAUACAGUGAUUGGUAUACCUGGGAAAGAAGUUGAAUUCAGGCAAUCAUUCACCAAAUCUUUGGAAUAUGCACUUGCGUUGAAAUGUGGAAAAAUUCAUGUUUGUUCAGGAGUUACGACGUCAGUUGAUAGUGAGGAAGUAUCAUAUUCAUGUUAUGAAGACAUUUAUAUAAGAAAUUUACGCCACUGUUCAGAAGAAGCAAGAAAGGUUGGAAUAAAAAUUUUGAUUGAACCAAUAACAACAAUACCCGGGUAUUUCUUAACUAAUACGAUGCAGGGAAUAGAAAUAUUGAAAAAGUUGAAUUGUGACAAUGUGAAAUUAGAAUUCGAUUUUUUUCAUGCUCAAAGAGCUCAUGGAAAUCUGACAAAAACUCUGAAGGACAAUAUACAAUUUAUAGGUCAUAUUCAGGUUAGCCAAGUUCCUGAUAGGGGUGAACCAAGUAGCUCUGGCGAAAUCAACUUUGAAUAUAUUUUUAAACUAAUACAUAAAUUAGGUUAUAAUCAAUGGAUUGGUGGUGAAUACAACCCUACAGGCAUUGUUGACCAGCGAAGAGUAUUUUCUAUCCGUUGUUUACUCACCAAACUUGGAUUCUGUCGCUUAUUAGGAAGAACUGGAGAUGGAUUGGAUUGGAUCAAUUAUUAUGGAUUGGAAUUUUAGCAUUCUUUUGGGAAAUAAAGGUAACUUUGAUACAUCGGCAGAACAGGUGGAAUAGGGGAGCAAUGAUACCAAAAACCUCGCUAAAGUUACGGGCAUAAUUUAAAUUAAAUGAUCAACGAAAAAACAAGUUUGCUAUGCUGACGAUAAAACAAAUCACUAUAUGUAGAUCAGUACACAUUAUGUAGCUGGUAUUUAGCUUACGAACAAAUACAAUAAAUAUAAUUGCGAUAAUAUAAUCAACAUAAGUACUCAGUGGUGAUAUACAUGGAAAAUCGUGCUUCCGAUCCCUACAAAAUAACAAAUUUGCUGCCGUUGACCAAGUACGACUAAUAGAGGAUGACGAACGAUAUAGCAAAUACCAACGCGAUACCAUUUAA